AUGGCUGAGUUGGAUAUACUGAGGGUGAAACAAGAUCGAAUUCAAGAUCCCGCUUUAACUGCGGAAUGGAACAAGAAAGCUUUAGUCUGGGUUCCACACGAGAAGGAUGGGUUUGUUUUAGCUUCAGUCGUAAAGGAUGAUAAUUCUGAUCUCAUUGAAGUAGAAAUAUUAGAUACUAACGAAAAACAAAGAAUUAGCAGAGAUGACUGUCAAAAGGUCAAUCCUCCAAGGUUUGACAAAUGCGAGGAUAUGGCCAAUAUGUCUUGCUUGAAUGAAGCUUCUGUCCUAUGCAACUUGAAGCAGCGUUAUUAUGCUAAUUUGAUUUACACUUAUUCUGGAUUGUUCUGUGUAGUUAUUAAUCCUUAUCAACGUCUUCCAAUUUACACAGAUUCCAUUGCCGACCUCUUCAAAGGAAAAAAGAGGAAGGAAAUGCCACCUCAUAUAUUCGCUGCCACUGAUGAGGCAUAUCGCAAUAUGUUGCAGGAUAAAGAGGAUCAAUCCAUUCUCUGCACGGGAGAAUCAGGUGCUGGUAAAACCGAAAAUACUAAAAAGGUUAUCCAAUAUCUGGCAAAUGUCGCUGGCUCCCGUAAAACUGGGAUUGCCGAUCUAGACACCUCUCAUACUAGAUUGGUUGGACAUUUGGAAGAGCAGUUGCUGCAAGCUAACCCCAUUCUCGAAGCCUUCGGUAACAGUAAGACUAUCAAGAACGACAAUUCUUCCCGCUUCGGAAAGUUCAUUCGAGUUCAUUUUGAUGCUACUGGUUGCAUCUCGGGAGCCAAUAUUGAGUUCUACUUGUUAGAGAAGUCUCGAGUUCUCAGACAAGCUGUAUUAGAAAGAAGUUUCCACAUUUUCUAUCAGAUGCUCAAGGGUGCUACUCCUAAGAUGAAGAGUGAUCUGUUGCUCGAGGAAAAUAUCGGAAACUACCGAUUCUUGUCUAAUGCUGAUGUACAUAUUCCUGGUGUUGAUGAUAAGACUGAGUUUGCCGAAACAGUUAAAGCUAUGAAUAUCAUGGGAAUCGAAGAAAAUGAAGUUCAAGAUAUUCUCCGCAUUGUUUCGGCUGUGCUGCUUUUCGGAAAUCUUGAGUUCGGUCAUGAGAAUAAGAAUAGUGAUCAAGCUAUCCUUCUUAAUGAUGCCGUUGCUCAAAAGAUUUGUACCCUUCUUGGUCUCAACUUAUCUGAUCUCAUGAGAGCUUUCUUGAAACCCAAAAUUAAGGUUCAAAGAGAUCAUGUACAUAGAAGUCAGAGUGAAGAGCAAGCUCGUUUUUCUGUUGAAGCAAUCGCAAAAGCUUGCUUCGAACGUCUCUUCAGAUGGCUGGUUCAGAGACUGAAUAAGUCUCUUGACAGAACUCGUCAAAACGCCAUCAGCUUCGUAGGAAUUCUCGAUAUUGCUGGUUUCGAGAUCUUCGACAUGAAUUCUUUCGAGCAGUUGUGUAUUAACUAUACUAAUGAGAAGCUGCAACAGCUUUUUAAUAACACCAUGUUCAUUCGUGAACAACAAGAGUACCUGGAUGAAGGUCUCGAUUGGGAUAUGAUUGACUUCGGACUCAAUCUUCAGCCAACCAUUGAUUUGAUUGAGAAGCCCAUGGGAAUUCUUUCAACUCUUGAUGAUGUCUGUCUGUUCCCACAAGGCAGUGACACUGGAUUCGUCGAACGAUUGGUUAAUCAACAUCAUCAACAUCCUAAAUACGUUGUUCCUGAAAUGAGAGCAAAGAGUGACUUCGCUGUAGUUCACUAUGCAGGAAGAGUCGACUAUGCCGCUUCUGGAUGGAGAGUCAAAAAUAUGGACCCUUUGAAUGAAAACGUUGUUGAACUCCUUCAAAGUGCACGUGAAUCGUUACUUGCUGAGAUUUGGAAGGAUGUUAGUGAUGUAUGUAGCAUGGGUGCUACAGAAGUGGGUGACGCCGCUAUUUUUGGUGCUCGUGUGAAGAAGGGAAUGUUCCGAACUGUUUCCCAAAUGCAUAAAGAACAGUUGACCCGUUUGAUGUCCACUCUUCAUAACACGAAUCCUCAUUUCGUCAGAUGUAUUAUUCCCAAUCACGAAAAGAAGCCUGGUUCUCUCAACGCUAAUCUUGUACUUGAUCAGCUGAGAUGCAACGGAGUUUUGGAAGGAAUCAGAAUCUGUCGUCAAGGAUUCCCGAAUCGUUUACCUUUCCAAGAAUUCCGUCAACGUUAUGAACGUCUUCUUACACCUGAGGCAGUUCCUCAUGGGUUCAUGGACGGAAAGGAAGCUGUUAGACUGAUGAUGACUGCUCUGGAGCUUCAACCGACUUUGUUCCGUAUUGGUCAGUCUAAGAUCUUCUUCCGCACCGGAGUCUUGGCUGAGUUGGAAAGACUUCGUGAUGAACGUUUGACAGAGCUUGUUAUUCAGUUCCAGGCCGUUUCUCGUGGAGUUCUUGCUCGUAAACAGUUCAGUCGAAGAAAAGAACAGGCUGCUGCUAUUCGUCUUAUCCAGAGAAAUGGACUAGCAUGGAUGAGGCUGCGUGAGUGGCAAUGGUGGAGACUCUAUACUAAAGUCAAACCAUUGUUGGAGGUUACCAACAAGGAUGAGCUCAUCGCAGAAAAAGAGAUCGCCUUGAAGACAACAAAUGAAAAGCUUCGAAGAAGUGAGCUCUUUAUAAGCGAUAUGUCAGACAGACUUAGCAAGAUGGAAGAAGAACGUGCACGUAUUCAACAAAAGCUUGACAUUGAAACUUUGGAAAGAGCUGAAGCGGAUGAAGCCAGAGCUCAUGUGUCUGCUAAGAAGGCCGAGUUGGAAGAAGCCAUGAUGGCGUUAGAAAAGCAGUUGAAGAGUGAAGAACAAGGAAGAAGUUCUGCGGAAGUUGAGCGCAAGCGCCUCAUCGAAACUGUCCAUGAUUUGGAGAUGCAGCUCGAAGAAGAAGAAAAGAAGCGUCAAACUAUCCAGUUGGAGAAGAACUCUCUUCAGAACUCAUUGAAGCAAUAUGAGUCGGUUAAGCACGAUCUGGAAGAGAACUCUGGAAAAGUUUUGAAAGAGAAACUUGUGUUGGAGGCUAGAUGUAAAGACUUGUCUGAUCGUUUGAUCGACGAGGAAGAGAAGGUAAAGUCUCUCACCAAGCUGAAAACUAGGUUUGAAGCCCAGAUAGCGGAAUUGGCUGAAGAGUGCGACAGAGAAAAGAGCGCUCGGGCUUCCGUUGAAUCUGCCAAGCGUGCUCUUGACAACGAGCUCCGUGAUGAACGGGAAACUUCUUCUGAACGGUUAAGAAAGGCCGAAGAGUUGACUCAGCAGUUAUUGAAGAAGGAAAGCGAGUUGGCAGCUUCAGUCCUCAAAAGUGAUGAAGAAGCAGCUCAAAUUCAGCAAAUGGAGCGUGAUCUCCGUGACCUUCGCGCUCAAAUGGAUGAUUUGCAAGAGGAUAUCAAGCAGGAACAAGCUGCUAGAGUGAAAGCUGAAAAAGCUCGAAGAAACAUGAGUGAAGAACUCGAAGCUUACAAGCUCGAGUUAGAAGAGUCACUUGAUAAAUCUGUUCUUCAUCAAGAAAUGAGAAACAAGAGAGAAGAAGAGUUCGUUCAACUUCAGAAACAGUUGGAGGAAUCAAUGAAGGAUUCCACAGAGAGGGUUGAAACUGUUCGAUCAAAGUAUCAGAAGCAAGUUGAUGAGUUAACCGAGAAUAUUGACCUGUUGAAGCGUCAGAAACUAUUGGCUGAGAAGUCUCAUGGUCAAGUAGAAGGUGAACUUCAGAGCCUUCAAGCUGAAGUUGAAACUCUUUUGUUGGCUAAGCAGGAGGCUGAUCGUAGACGUAAAAAUGCCGAAUCUCAGUUGUCAGAUCAGCAACUUCGUUUCAAAAACUUGCAAGAGGAAGCCGAUGAUAUCACUUCAAAACUGGCGAAAGCUAACAUUGAAAUCGAGAGCUUGCACAAGCUUAAAGACGCUGACUCUGAGAAUAAUGCCAGUCUUCUCAAGAGAAUAGCUACUUUGGAGACUCAAGUUUCUGAAUAUGCUGAUGCAGAGCAAGAGAGUCAGAAUAACCGAAAUAUUAUGAUGUCUCGAAUGAGAUCUGCUGAAGAUGGCUUAGCGGAAGCAAAAGAACAGAAUGAUGACUUGUUGGAAAAAAUUGAGCGUCAAGACAGGGAGAUUACUGCUCUACGAACACAACUUGCUGAGGCAAAGAGGAAGCUUGAAGAUGAAACAGGAGAGAAAAUCGAAGAAGUCAAGCGAAAGUUGGGAAAAGAUUUGGCAGAUGCUAUUGCUCGUGGAAGAGAAUCUGAUGCUCUCAGAGAGAAAGCUGAAAAGGCUAAGAAGAAAGCCUUAGAAGAGGCUGAAGACUUGAGUAGAGAGCUCGCUGAGGUAGGAAAUCAAUUGCGUGAUCUUGAUCGUCGUCAACGUAAAUUCGAUCAACAACUCGCGGAAGAGAAGGCUAACACUACCAAAGUUCAACAAGCUCUUGAUUUGGCACAGGAACAAAUGCGUGAUAGUGAAACGAAGAAGAUGAACACCCAGAAGGAAAUGGAAGAGCUUAAGGAACAGCUAGCUGAAGUCGAGAAGGAGAGAAGAAUGCUCAAACUUGAAGUCGAUAACUUGGCUUCCAAUCAAGAUGAUACCGGUAAAAACGUGUAUGAGUUGGAGAAAGCGAAGACUAGAUUAGAGGAUGAACUUUCCCGUGCUAGAGAAUUGAUCAUCGAGCUUGAAGAUGCUACCCAGUUGGCUGAGGAUGCUAAAUCAAGAAUUGAAGUCCAAUUCCAGGCAGCUAAGCAAGAAUGGGCCAGAACCGCUGCUUCCCGUGAAGAAGAGGAAGAGGAGCGUAGACGCACUCUCGUUAAACAAGUGCGAGACUUGACCGAAGAACUUGAAACUGAGCGUAGAUUCAAAGCUACAGCUCUCGCCAGUAAAAAGAAGAGCGACACUCAACUCCAAACUCUCCAAGAGGAGAAUGAAAAAGCGAUGAGACAGUUGGAUGAGCUUACCAGACAGUGCCGAAGGGCAAAUCAAAACGCUAAAGAUGCUCAAAUAGAAGGAUCUGAGGCUAGAGCUGCUAUGGAUGAAGCAUUAUGUACAUCAAGAGAAGCCGAAAAGAGGGUUCGUCACCUUGAAGGUGAAAUCACUCGUUUGGGAGACGAGCUCAAUCUUGCUACCCAAGGAAGAAAGAAAGCCGAAGCCGAGAGAGACGAUCUUUUGGAUGAGGUUAGGGCCGUUAAAAAUGGCCAGCUCGGACAAGAGGAGAAAAGACGCUUUGAGAGAAGAAUCGCUGACUUGGAAGAUCAACUGGAUGAGGAACAAACAAGUCAUGAAGUCACAGCUGAGAAAAUGAAACAGGCUCAGACUCAAGUCGAAAAAUUAACAACUGAACUGACACAAGAAAGAGCCAUGUGUGAACGUAUGGAAAGUGACAAGAAGAAUCUAGAAAGGAAUGUUCGUGAUCUCAACCAGCAAUUAGAAAACGUUGAAGGUUCUGUUUCUGCUCGCAUGAGGGCUCAAAUUGCCAACUAUGAAGCAAGGAAUAGACAGAUAACGGAUCAGCUGGAUGAAACAGAAAGAGAUCGCGCUUCUCUUGUUCGUCAGAUUCGCCGUCUUGACAGACAGCUAGCUGAGAUGAAUGAAGUUCGAGAAGAAGAGAGAAGACAUGCUCAACAGGAUAAAGAGUCGGCCGAUUCUGCUUCUGCUCGUUUGAGACACGCCAAACGCGAAUUGAACGAUAGAGAGGAUGAGCUUGAAAAAGAAAAGAUCAAACUGAAGGAAGCCCGUCGGCAAGUUGAUGAUCUUGCUGAGCAAAUACAGACGUUGACCCGUGAAAAUCAGUCAUUUAAGAGCCGAGUAACGGCUGAUCGUAGAUCCGUAAUGGCCCUAUCUCGAGAUUCCAGAAGAUAUGGAAGUUCUCACUCUAUUAGAGGUUCCACUUACUUCAAAAGCAUGAAUGAUCCGCAAGAACUAGAGUUUGCAGAUGAUAGCAGACCUUUGGGUGAUGAUGUUAGGCCUAGCUCUAGGCUCACUACAGGUUCUCAUUGUGGUCCAAGUGAAGACGAUCGAGAGUCAAAUAAGACUUAA